AUGGCUGACCGCACGCUGCUUACCAGGCUCGAUGAGCUCUGCAAUGUCGAUGUCGACGACGCUGACAUCGAAUUCAUUAAGGGUCUUCCAUUUAAGCCAUACAAUCAAACAUCGAAUCAGGCUAUUAUAACGCAGGCCAUAACCUCCGCAACGAACAGACAAAUUCUAAAUGACUGCAUCAAGAAGUACGGCUCUCAAGGCUGGGAGACUGUCUUUGAGAGAGUGUCCGUUCGUAUUUGUGCGAAUAACGUCCCUCUCAUCAAGGGUCGCGUUUUGAUCCAAACGUCACCUAGGCACAUCCAUGACGACGUGGAAAUAGUUACCCAGUGUCGACGCUUCGCGGCGGCUUUCGAAGAAGCCGGUGUUCCCAGGGAUAGAUUUGCGAUCAAGAUCCCCUUCACUGGCUCGGGCGCCGUAGCUUCCAGAACUUUAAAUGCCGAAGGAAUCAGGACUUUAGCCACAGCGGUGUUUUGUCUGGAGCAAGCCAUUGCUGCAAGCCAAUCCGGGUGUCUUCUGAUCAGCCCAUACUUCAAUGAAAUCGCAGCACAUUUUGACCCGGCACUGCGACCAAACGUGGCGGAUACGGCACUCGAGCAUCCUAUGUCGCCUCGUAUCAUUCAAAUGUUGGAAGCUUUCAAGACUUUUUACACAGAAACCAGCGAGGAGCAGCCAAUCAUGGUCAUUGCAAGCCACCUUUCUCCGGAGGAGGUGUUAGCAAUGGCAGAGCUCGGGUGCCAGCACGUUACAGUAUCGCAGGACAACUUUCGACAAUUGAUAGCGUCGCCUGAUGAACGCCCUGUAAUUAUCCAUGCAAAGCCAAGCCACCCUUAUGCCAGUCUGUCGACCCCUGAGCGGCUUCAGUCACUGGCACAGAAAGAUCCGCUGUCAGCAACGAAAAAGAAUGGCUCAGCAGCGUCGUUGGAUACGGAUUAUGUUGCGCAGAAUGGGAAGAUACUGGACGCGGCGAUUGAAAGAGAUUCCGUGGCUGGAAAACGGAUGAACGAUGCAAUGAAAUUCUUUACCGAGUGGGAGGAAAAGGCCAAGCAGAUUAUCGAGGAUGAGAUUUCCAAGCUCCGUCUGACAUAA